AUGUCUGUUUCGAUUCAUAACAAUGUGGUCUCAGGUCCUGAAGAAGUACCUAUACCUGCCCAUUUAUCCUAUGGUCAGUUUUUAUUUGAUAAAUUAAAGGCGGGCGGAAAUAAAAUCGCGCAAAUAAGUGCGGAGACUGGAGAAUCUGUUACUUAUCGUAAUAUUCUUCAGAAUAGUGUUAAUUUGGCUGUGGCUCUACAGGAGUUGGGUUUAAAGAAGGGUGAUGUAGUGUCGCUCAGUUGUGAAAAUCGCUUUGAAUUCACCGUUGCCUCUUUAGCUGUAAUCUUUGCUGGAGGAGUUUUAUCAACUCUAAAUGUUACAUAUUCGCCAGGUGAAAUCUCCCAUGUAUUCCAAAUCACAAAGCCGAAGUUUAUUUUCACAUCGCCGAUCACUGCACAGAACAUGUACGACUGCAGCAAGGAUCUGACGUUUGUGAAGAAUUUGAUUUUGCUUGGUGAAUAUGACAUUGUACCCGCCGUGUUCUACAAUGAUUUAGUCAAGAAACACUGUGAUAUAGAUGAUUUCACUAUGGUAGAUGUGAACGGAGCCGAAGAUACUGUUGCCGUUAUGUGUUCAUCGGGAACAACUGGUUUACCAAAGGGUGUUAUGUUAACCCAUGUAAAUUUUCUUACACUAUCAGCUCAUAUGAAAUAUUAUUUGGAGACGUCUCAAGAGAAAAGGAAACAUAAUGUGAUAACAGCCCUGUCUUUGAUCCCUUGGUUUCAUGCUUAUGGAUUUAUUACAACAUUAGCCGUUAUGUGCCUUCAUGUGGAGGUCGUAUUUCUUGUUAGAUUUGAAGAGGAACAAUUUCUUGAAACAAUACAGAAAUACAAGAUAAACAUGACCACUAUAGUACCACCACUCGCUGUGUUCCUUGCAAAACAUCCUCUGGUAGCAAAGUAUGAUCUGAGCUCGUUGAAUGAAAUGUGGUGCGGAGCUGCUCCACUGUCCAAGGAAAUACAGACGCUUGUCGCUAAAAGAACUGGUAUUGAUUUCAUCAAGCAAGGCUACGGACUGACAGAAGUUACGAUGGCCUGUUGUGUAGAUUUAGUCGGCAGAAGUAAGGCUGGCUCAUGUGGUACUCCUGCACCGGGGAUGAAGAUCAAGGUGAUAGACACUGAAACUGGUAAAAAACUAGGUCCCAAUGAAGAAGGUGAAUUGUGUAUCAAAUCCCCUCUCCGUAUGAAAGGAUAUUUGGGUGAUAAGGCAUCUGGUGAUGCUAUGAUUGAUGAAGAAGGAUACGUUAAGACAGGAGAUAUAGGAUACUAUGACAAGGAAGGAUACUUCUAUAUAGUUGAUAGACUCAAAGAACUCAUCAAAUAUAAGGGUUUCCAGGUGGCUCCAGCGGAGUUAGAAUCUUUACUGCUACAACACAGUGCAGUGUCAGAUUGUGGUGUUGUAGGGAAACCUGAUGAAUUGGCCGGGGAACUCCCGGUGGCGUUUGUAGUCAAGCAACCGGGAACCAAUAUACAGGAACAGGAAAUUAUUGAUUACAUAGCUAAGAAGGUAUCUCCAGCCAAACGUUUACGAGGCGGCGUUAUAUUUGUUGACGAAAUACCAAAGAAUCCAUCAGGUAAAAUUCUGAGAAGGGAAUUAAGGAAAAUGUUGUCCGCAAACAUUAAAAGCAAGCUGUAA